AUGGAGCUUCUGUUAUGGAAAAACUUCAUUACAACUCAAAAAAUCUCAAGAAUACUCAUACUUCUAGCUUUAACAUUAAUCAUUCUCCUAAUUAUUCCUCUUAAUUACCACCCUUCGUAUGUCACAAAUAUAUUAAACGUCCAUUAUCAAGUCCAUAAGAAAUACUGUAAUAUUUUUAGAGGAGAGUGGAUUCCAAAUCCAGAUGCUCCUUAUUACACGAACAACACAUGUAUCGAGAUCCACGAUCACCAAAAUUGUAUGAAAUAUGGGAGGCCCGAUACGGAGUUCUUGAAAUGGAGAUGGAAGCCCAAGGGAUGUGAGUUGCCCAUCUUCAACCCAUUUCAAUUCUUGGAUAUGAUGAGGAACAAAUCAUUGGCAUUUGUUGGAGAUUCAGUUGGAAGAAACCAUAUGCAAUCCUUAAUAUGUCUCUUGUCCCAGGUAGAACAUCCAAUGGAUAUCUCUCCCACUCCUGAUUUCAAUUUCAAAAAGUGGAAAUACAUAACAUACAACUUUACCCUUGCAACAUAUUGGUCACCAUUCUUAGUCAAAAUGGAUGAAGUAGAUUCUGAUGGUCCAAGGCAUGAUGGAGUCUUCAACAUUUAUCUUGAUGAAGUUGACAAAAAAUGGACAAGCCAAAUCAAUGAUUUCAACUAUGUCAUCCUUAACUCUGGCCAUUGGUUUAGUAGAUUGAGUAACUACUAUGAGAAAAAUCAACUAGUUGGUUGUUGGCAUUGUGGACUAAAAAAUAUUACUCAACUCCCAAAUUAUUAUGGGUACAAAAGGGUAUUUAAGACAGCUUUAAAAGCCAUCAAUAGUUUAGACAAUUUUAAGGGUACAGCUUUUGUUAGGACAUUUGCACCUUCACAUUUUGAAGGUGGAGAAUGGAAUACAGGUGGGAAUUGUUUGAGGAAAAUUCCAUUUACAAGUAAUGAAAAAACUUUGGAUGGUUUAGAUUUGGAAUUUUACAAUUCUCAAUUGGAAGAAUUUAGGGAAGCAGAGAAAGAAGGUAAGAAAAGGUUUAGAUUGAUGGAUAUAACACAAGCCAUGUUGUUGAGACCAGAUGGUCAUCCAAGUAGAUAUGGGCAUUGGCCAAAUGAGAAUGUUGUGUUGUAUAAUGAUUGCGUGCAUUGGUGUUUGCCUGGUCCUAUUGAUUCUUGGAAUGAUAUCUUGUUUCAUAUGUUGAAGAUAGAGCAAGAUGUAUUUUAAUUUGAGAUAAUAUGUUGAUGA